CGCGCUCCCUUUCGCUCGCCGUAGUUCGUUCCAAGAUGGCGGCUGCCGUUGACGUUCCGGUCCGCGUCUGCAACCAGGAGAUUGUCAAAUUCGACCUGGAGAUUAAAGCGGCGGUGCAGGAUAUCCGAGAUUGCAUGGGGCCUGUAAGUACACUUACGGAACUCAAUGCCAAAGUGAAGGAGAAAUUUCACCAUUUACGACUUAGAAUCCAGGAGCUUGAACAGAUGGCUAAGGAACAAGAUAAAGAGUCAGAAAAGCAAGUGUUGCUCCAAGAAGUAGAGAACCAUAAGAAGCAAAUGCUCAGCAAUCAGACAGCUUGGAGGAAGGCAAACCUAGCUUGUAAAAUUGCUAUUGACAAUGCUGAGAAAGAUGAACUGCUGCGAGGGGGAGAUCCUUUACGACAAAGGAAGACUACUAAGGAAAGCUUGGCAGAGGGAGCAAGUAACAUCACAGAGAGCCUGAUGGGAAUUAGCAGAAUGAUGUCUCAGCAGGUCCGGCAAAGUGAAGAAACUAUGCAAACCUUGGUCAAUUCUUCACGGACCAUUGUGGAUGCCAAUGAGGAAUUCAAAUCCAUGUCUGGGACGAUACAGUUAGGACGAAAACUCAUCACGAAGUACAACCGUAGGGAGCUGACGGAUAAACUGCUCAUCUUCCUCGCCCUUGCCUUAUUUUUGGCCACCGUGCUUUACAUCCUAAAGAAGAGACUGUUUCCUUUUUUGUAAAAUUACCCAACAAAGAGAAGGGGCGCCACUGUGAGGAAAGAGAAACGGAGGAUUGAUUAUAAGAACCUGACAUUGUUCUGACACAGACCAAAACAGUGUAGCUGCCAGUGAAGUUGUGAGCUGCUAAAUCAGCUAAAAGAACAGGGAAAAAUACCGCCUGUUCCUCUAAAAGUAGCAGGUUUUGAACUGGAUAUUGUGAGACGUAUUCAACUGUCUCCCACCUGUGACAUGACACUUCUUUUAUCAAUUCAACAGAUGUCAUGAGAGGAGUAGAAGAUGCCAUGGAAAACAUAUUUCGAUACAUUCCUUUAAUAAAGUGUAUUUGAAUACAGAUAGCGCAAGGGAAUUUAUUUAUUAAAUAUGUCCAAUAAACCGAAGAAGCAAUGUGUCAUA